AUGGGGCACAGGGGAAUCUCAUCUCCCGCUUCGCUCCUCAGAGAGCAGUCCUUUCUCUGUGCAGGAGAGACCGGUGAGCGGAGCUGGGUCCAGAUUCUUGUCAGCAUGGGGAGCGGCUCUCAGGUGCUUCUGGGUUGGGUUGAGCAAGCCUACACAGACAGGGGUGCAUAUGUACCAUCUGGCAUUCAGCCCCCACCCCCUUCGUCUCAGUGUGUUAAGUGCAAUGACCUAUUAAGACUAAACCCAUUCCACCUAGCCGAUAAGUUCGGGGCUUAUCCAAGCACUGCCUCCUUGACCCUCUGUCCAAGUUGCCUGGACCGUAGGCCCAACUUGAGAGGGAAGGCCUUGGGUUGGGAGCUUGUGAUCAGAAAAACUCAAGAUGGGGGUUUGGGUCAGUACUGAUGUGCAUUAGACACGAGUCCUCACCCUGUGUCCUGAGCCUGAGUCUUUUUCUUCUUCAAUUGCCCUGCCCCCACACACUUCCCCGAGACAAGACAACACGUGGCCGGACAGUCCCAGCCCCACCCUAAAGGUCAUCCCACCAAUAAUACCAGACUUGGGGACCCAAGGGCAGUGCCUGGUGCAGCUCCCAUCUGCUGUCCCCCUCACCUUCUCUCCCGCAAUUGGUUUGUACUCAUUGGGCUGUGCUCUCUCUUCCCUGUUUACCUGAUGUAUGGAAAUAAACGUCCUUCUCCUCCUG